AUGCCCUCAUGGGGAAGACCACCAGGGGGCUCGUCGGGUGUGGGGAGAUAUUAUGAGGGGGCGCAAGACGACGUGCAUAGGUUUCAAGAAUUGGAUAGCGAAGACGAGAAGGGUGGCGUGAUACUAGACCAGGCGUUUCAACCGGCCUUGAAUGGCAAGAGCAUCAAUCCAGAUGAGCUAUACUUUAAUGAUAUGGAUAUCGGGGCGUGGGAGGGCAGGACAUCAGCCUUGGGUGAGGCGACAUACCGGCCAGACCAUAAUUACCAAGAGCAUCGUAGUGGAUAUCAUGACGACAUGGGUAACAACAAUAAUUCGGCUGAAUACGAAGAGAUACUUUUUCGACGAGUACUCGAUAAGAUUCGGAUAGCAAGAGCAGCAGGAAAUACAGACGUAUCAUUGAGUCAAGAAGAGCUAGAGGCGUAUCACUCACGACUUUAUGGUUCCAGAUCGACGGCAUUUCGUCCUGAAGCCCAGCCUCGACCAAGCAGUGCUUCCUUUCCCAACGAUGCGGCAAGUGUGAUCAGCGUUGAUGCGACUAGCAAGCACGGCAGCUCCUCCAGGUCGAAGAAAAGCCAGCAACGAACCUCCAUGUUUGGGUCAAAGUCGAAGAAGGAGAAGUCUAGCAGUCACAAGCGUACAUCCACUACAGAGAGUCGUGCACCGCCGCCGGGCUUCGUUAUUCCUGGCCCAGAUGGGCAGCCUGUGUAUGCGCCAAUCAACGCCUAUCAGGGCAACUUGGAUCGUGAACGGGAACCCUUGCGCCCGGCGUCGCGUUCCGCGUCUGAUACUAGUCAUCACGCUUCCUCGCCCUCACAUGCCAGCUUCUCUCGUGACAUGCUUGGCGCCUUUCCAGAGUCCGUGUACGAUUACCGCCCCACCACUCCUCCACAGCAAGGCCGUUCCAUGUCUUCUCGACAAGCAGCGUACGAGGCCGAUCUUCCACAUGGCUCACGCACAAGAUCGUCUUCCAUUCAAUCCGCUGGACUUGUUCCGUUUCCUGUGGAGCCCUACCAGUACCAUGCCUUCAGUCCGGCGUCUUCUUCUUCACCGACUUCGCCUCAGCCGCAGUAUACACGUAGAGUGAGUUCGGCAGUGUCUGAAGCUAGCUACACAUCGGUGCCACGACGUGUUCCUGUUCCUGUCCCCGCAUCGGUGACGCUUCAGCGAGCAGCACCUGUAGCGAGUAGUCACGUUGGCCAGUCGGAUCCAGUUCUGGCUCCGCAGGCAUCAAGUUCUGCCAUUCCAGCUCUAGCUCAGGAAGCUACGAGGACCAGUGGCAGUGGACAUGGAGGUGAGAGACGGCGGAAGAGUGGUAAAAGUAGGAAGAAAGGCUGA